AUGACUAAGCACAUUCUGAUGUGGAAGAAUGCCCUGUCAUUCAUGCUGAGGAACGGUCUUCUGGCUACCCACAACCCCGGAGUCAAAUUCCUGCUGGAAGCCCUCAAGUACCUCCACAGAGACACAGAGGUGAUACCAGUCAUCUUUUGCCGUUACCCAUUUGUGUUGAGUCUGAUCUGCAAGAUGGCAAUUUUCAACAGUGGUUCACCAUCUCACCCACUGGCUAACAGUGAUGUAUCCUUCUGGAACGUUCCGAGACAACCCAGAAUCUCCCCUGCUCCAGUCUUCCAGUUGACCUUAAGGCGCCCGUCACUCAUCGAAGACACCUUCAGACAACUGGGUGCUGCAGAUCAUGACUACUUCCAGAGAGAACUUGUGGUGCAGUUUAUGGAGGACAUGAAGCUGUCGCUCGUCAACAUAAGGGACUUUUUCCUCCAUGCGUUUGAAGAGCUAUUGGCACCAGAGUCUGAGAUGUUCAUGUACAACGACACCAAGACACUGGUCUGGUUCCCUGCCAAGCCCAGAGUGGAGGAGAAGAGCUACUUCCUGUUUGGUGUCUUGUGUGGCAUGGCCCUGUACAACCACAACAUUGUACACCUGCCCUUCCCUCUGGCCCUGUUCAAGAAGAUGGUGGGGGUCAAGCCCUCACUGGAGGACCUGAGAGAGUUUGACCCUGUUGUGGGAGGGAGUUUGCGGUACCUGUUGGAGGACUACACUGAUGAUGAUGUUGAAGAAAACCUGGACAUGACCUUCACCGUGAUCUGGGAUGACCAGAAGGUGGAGCUGGAUCCCAAAGAAACAGGAAAACCAGUCACAAGUUUUAACAAGAAUCAGUUUGUUGAUGCCUAUGUGAACCUUGCCUUCAACCAAUCAGCGGAGAAGGUGUUUGAAGAGUUCAGGAGAGGCUUCUUCAAGGUGUGUGACAGGGACGUGGUGGAGUUGUUCCAGCCUGAGGAGCUCAGGGGAGUCAUGGUGGGGAAAGAGGACUACGACUGGGACACGCUCAAACAGAACACUGUGUAUGAUGGAGAGUACCAUGCCAGACAUCCCAACAUCAUCACAUUCUGGGAGGCUUUUGAGGAACUGACAGAUGACCAAAAGAAAGCUUUCCUCUUGUUCCUGACGGGCUGUGAUCGCGCUCCCAUCCUGGGCAUGGACAAGAUCCAGAUGAAGGUGGCAGUCCUGCAGAACUCUACUGAACUACAUUUCCCAGAAUCCCUUACCUGCCACUUCCUACUGCUGCUGCCCAUCUACCCCUCCAAGGAGAUGCUGCUGGCCAGGCUCAAAGAGGCAUGUGCCCACAACAGAGGCUUCUGGAAGGAGUAAUGGACAUUAUAUAUAGGCCACUGCUGUGUUCAUCAUUUCAUUCAAUGUGUUUCUUACAUGUCAAUAUAUCUCUUAUGUUUAGCAUAGGAUUUUGGUUAUAGCUUCCUUCUAGGUUCAGAUUUGCCAGUUUUUUUUCAAACUUUUACAUUUAGCCUUUUACCUUGGCUUUUUCUAUUGGAAAUGUGAAAAAUACAAUCUAGGCUAUGUAGGCCUACCCUAUUAUAGAAAAAAACAUUCCUUGACUUAAUGUCUACUAAUUCUGGGUCUGAUUUAAAAAACAAAACAUUUUUAUUGAGUAAUAUACAUUCAGUAAUAUACAUUCAAGAGCCUAUUUAUUUAUGCAUGUUUUCUUUAUUGAUAGUGUGUGGCAUUUGAUGUAAUUCUACAUGUGAACAUCCUUUUUUUCUGGACACGUCUGCAUCAUCUUUUGACAUAUAAGUCUGUAUCUUCUGUUUUAUUGACGGAAUAAUUAUUUAUGUAUCUAAUAAAUAGAGAUGAUUAGUUCA